CAGUUAUUACGCUUCGACUGCAGCCGGAUUUCCGGUCGGACCGGCACGGCUGGUUCCGCCAAUCAAGCGGCAGCGGCUCAUGAGCACUGCCCGGAACGGAAAGAACAAUCAAUCGCAGAAGUCCACGACAGUCCCACCGCCCCUCGAUCAACUCAAAGUGUACAGUAACCAAGACAUACUGAUUUGCGGCAAUUGCAGGGAACUCUUCUCGGAGCUGCAAGAUCUUCUAGAGCACAAAAAAACCUACUGCAAAUUGCGCUUCACCUGCAAAUGCGACACAAAUAAAUCGAAAUCCCAGCUGGACGAUCAAACUACAGCCUCCCUGCUAUGCGUCCAAUGUAAGGAUGGGUUUCAGAAUGCGUGGGAUCUGAUGGUUCACGCACAAGCUGCCCAUAUGCUGAACAUAUACGAACUAGGAGUACCCAACAAUGGCAGAUGUGCCUCACCUUCGUCGCCAAGGGACAACAACUCACCAGACAAAGAUAACCAGAAACAUACCUCUAUGGAUACUGAAGAGGAAAAUGGAGAUGUUGAUCAUGACUUUAUGGAAAAUGGUAGAGAUUGCCUCACAGGAACACCUGAUUCAGCAACGUCACGUAAUGACAAGGAGCUGGAAGAGUUGAUGGCCUCUGCAGCACGAGUCAUGGAGGGGGGCGGCCGUGGCGGUGCUAAUGGCAGUAUCAUGCACGCGCUAAGCAUCGUCAGUACAGCUACGCCCGCAGCGCAGCCAGGCGCGUCCCCGCCUCCGUUGGCCGCAGCUACGGCUCCAAUGGUCGUAGCGCAAGUAGCGUCCACUAGCACUACAGCAGUGGCGGCGGAACUUGUGGCGCCUAAGACGUAUUAGAGAUGAAUUGUAGUGUUUUAGUGAUCUGGGAAGAGUUGCAGCAGAGCUUAGGUUGGUGAUCGUGCAGGUCUUAAUUUGAUUGAACAGAGUGAAACAAUAAUGAGACACGUGAACAUCUUUAUUUGGCUUCUAGAAGUUUCCUCAAUUUGAAUAGUCCCUGACCUGUUCCAGAAGUACUCUGAAGAGUCGCUUUUCCUUGUUAUGUUCAAGGUAAAUCAUAAACAUCAAGGUCGUAUCUCGAGGUGUCCAUUCAGCAAAUAUUCGGUUUCCCAAGCCAUCGACACCUUCUGUUUAAACAAUUUUAACCAACGUGAGUGAAGGGAGCUUACCUAUAAUAAAACCAUUGACCAUACGUAUUUGGUUUCCAGAAGUCCAUAUAGUCUCUGUAUUUCUCGAGGUGCUCAUCCAGCAAACAUCCCUUCUCUAAGCUUCGACAUAUUUUGUUGUAAUAGUAUAAAUCGUCAAUGUGGUACCCAAUGUUUAGUGUCGAAUAGAGCGAUAUUUCGAAAAUCAGUGAGCGACAAAGUAUUCCCAGAACAGUAUGAGACACAACCCCACUAACCUUUGAAUCGUAUUCUGGAAACACUUUGUACGAGCAGAACCUGAGACAAAUCCAGAGCUUUACAGUUUGUGAUCUAUCUAAAAAAUACCUGCAAGAUCAUCUGCCAAGCUUGUAACUCAUUUACCUGGAGCACUGCUUUAAAAUCGGGUCCAUAAUGAAGUGGUGACAAAAUUGGAGUGCUAACUGUGUUACUGUGUAAUCUGAUUGAAACCCAAUAUAUUUGGGUCUCGCCCAUAUCAGACAGUCUUGCAAACUGUACGAAAAAGAUAUAAUCGUAAUCAUAUUUAACUGUUGGAUCCAAUUCUAAAGCAAACUCUAUAGCUAUUGUGAGUACAUAUUCUUGAGGUACACAGCUGUAGCGUGAAACCGUAUGGGCCAUUUUGCGUACAAAUGAUAGUGGUAUUGAAACAUAUGUAAUUUUAUCAAAAUUUAGAGACAUAUCUUUUAUCUAAACUUUGUAAAAAAACUGAUUUGGUUUUGAUUUCACUUCUGUCGUUGUGUACCUUGACAGUCUAUUUAACAAGUACUAUUAUUUAAGCUUAGUGUUUAUUAUUUUUCGUUUAUGUCUUUAGACAAGACGUUAUUUAAAAUAUAAGAUAAUUGACAAACGUAGCAUAUCGUCCAGAGGAAUCAUAAGAAUCAUAUUUUUACAUUUAUGCUUCUAUUGUCAUAUUAUAUCCUAGCAGCUCUCUCCAAAAAAUAUGAACAGGUAAAGUCACUUGCCCAUAUACCAGCAAAUUCUAUGAACAAUUUUGACUCUUGAAGAAAAACACUAUCCUGCAAAUACUUGUUUGGAGAGAGGUAACAUUUUUGGAAUUGCUUUAACGGAAUAACUCUAGUGUCUAACCAUGUAUUUUUUUUUAAAUGUUCGAAGACAGAUCAUCCUCUUUAGUCUGUCAGGUAACAUAAUAAUUUUUUCCGCUUCCGCACCAUGUGUUGAUCUGUAUAAGAAAUCAUCAUCUUUUACUAUUGUGCAACACACAUGCCGAUAAAAGUGAGACAACCCUCGUACCUAGAAACACUUCCUGGAGGUCUGUGAUGCGCCGACUCUGAAUCCGACUUUAGUUUCCAAGAUAUCCUAAUCUAAUCAUGCGAUUUUUGCCUAUAUUUGAGGUUAAAUAGCAUUGCGAAUUUUUUCAAAAAAAUCACAGAUAUUAUCUAAAGUACAAGCCGUUCGAAUUUCGUUGAGUUUCCUUAAAUAUUUUUUAUUUUGCUCAGAUAUUGCAUUUUGCAAUUUCCAUUUGACUGAAUUUCACUAUACACGUUACGAUUCUGUGUGCUAAGUUGUGAGCAAAAGGCAGAAAUCGCUAUGUUUGCACGUUUAGGCUAGAAUAUCUAUCUAAUUGGAGCCAACUGACAUAUUUGGAGCACCGUUUCUGAGGAGAGCAUCAAAAACCUUCGCGAAAGUACAAGGUGGCCGAUACGUAACUGACUGGUUUGUAUCUUACCCUUACACCCUGUAAAAUCGGGUUACUGGAUCGGCUCAAUUUAUUCGACCUGUGUAAUUUUCCGUGCUUUUUCAACAAUUUCGUAGCGUCUUAAACACUAGGAUUUGUCACACCUUAUACUAAAUGGAGAUAUGUAUUUUCAGCACGAUGUGAAAAAUGCUACAGUGUAAAUACCACUUUGUAUGUAAAGAAAAAAAGUGACAUAUCAUUUUACCCUAAAAAGUUAGCAUAUCGGAACAAUGUACAUUUUUGAAAAGAAACUAUAGAAAUGAUUGUCAAAAGUAUUGAAUAUAAGAUAAAUAUGCGCUAGAGCUAGAAACUAAUCUUAGUGUUAUGUUAAUUAAUUUGAAAUUUGAAGGAGCAAUGCUUGCUUGCGAUUGUUAGGUCUUGUUUUUGUACAUACAUAAAUAUACAUAUCGUGUUUUCAUUAUGUGCUUCAAAGGUGACCUAUGCCACAGAAACCAACUGAUGCUUCAUUUACAAAAGACAGUUCAUUAUUGUAUUGUGAUUCACAACGCUUCAAACAAUUAUUUUAAUCAUUGAUGUGUAAUUUGCUGCCAUUGGGUUAGCGACUGCAACAUUUUCUGUAACACGGCUGAUACAGAGGACUAUGGUACAGUUAUCAUGUUCAACUUUUUUGCGCCAGGACCUAUACGGUACUGAUUAUAUCCAAUAACAAUGAAACAGCGCUGUAUAUGGUUGAUUGGACGGAGAAAAGCAUCAAUAUUAAAAUGUAUCAAACAAAAGGUCACAUUAAAAUUUUAUAUCUAUUUAUGGUGAUACCCUAAACAUCGACUUCCCCUUUCUUUCCGGGCCGUCACCCUUAUCCAUUUUAAAGCAGACCGAAAUAUGUUACCCUGACACGGGGCCUCUGCAUCGAGUCAGAAGGAUGAUCAAUACGCUUAGCGUAGCUUCUGACGUUGAUAUUUGAAGAUGCGAAUAAACAUGGUUAAAGUUGUAUAGUAUGUUGUCUCAAGUACUAUACAAAUUACAGUAAUCGAUUAUAAAAAAUCUGAGACAAUUAUGGGCUUGUUCCAAUAGUCACUUUCAAACUAGUGCAGGACGAAUUGCGUUGCACCAGAGAACUGUAUGGCUUGUUGUCGCAAGUAUAGAAUUCAUUGAAGUAAAAAAUAAAAGUAUCAAGUUUCCGUAUGCUAGACAUGGAAUUUACUGUUUUUCGAAGGACUGUAUUUUUUUUACUUUGAAAACGAGAUGGCAGAUUUAACAAGAGAUGAAUAAUGCGGAAUGUUCUAAGCGAAUAGUAGGAAGCUUAGCCUUCUUCGAGCAUUUUGGCUUUAGAAAAGCCAGUAGCUCAGGAAUAAACUAAGUGGAAUGUUAAGAACGCUGAGCUGUUGGUUAACUUGAAAUGAUAUAUAAGAUUAAUAUUACAAAUACCAUGAUAGAAAUUAAUUUAUUAAAGUCAUCCACACUUGACUAUGUAACUUUCAUUUCUGAUAUUCUUGGAACUCCCACUUCUCUUACAUUUAUUUCAAAGUAAUCGUAAUCGUCUCUCAUUUUUCGAAUAUGUGUAAUAAACAUCAGUAGUUAAGAUUUAGGUUUGAUAUACAAAAAAAAUCAAGAGUCAGAAAAGCACAUGACAGCAACAAAAUCCAGCUACACAGCUACUUAUUUUGAAUGAAAGACCUUGUAUAUUAUUAAAAAAUCAGUGAAAUAAGGUGAGGGAACAAUGGACGGCCAUGCUCCUCGGCGACGACGAAAGGAUUAUAAUACGAGUUUGCAAGAAAACGUAGGUUUUCAGGUAAAUAAUAAUGAUAAUAGUAAUAUUUAUUUACUCUAAAAUACAGGGAACAUGAAACGAGUAAAUCAAUAUAAUACUCGUAUAUCCAUAGGGGGACAAUGCCUGUGCAUGGAUCAUAUGUAUGUCGAAUUGCAAAAGAUAAAAGAAGAACAGAGAAAAAAAAUUAUUGGUAAGAACGAUAGAGCAUUUAUUAUAUAAUAUUCGAGAUUAUUCUAUUAAUGUGAUUUCUCCCAAUCGUGUUAAUGAAUUUUUUUUAUUUUUUUAAACCUAAUGUAUUGCGUAAUGGUUUUAAAUUAUCUGGUAAAUGUUCGUACAAUUUUGUAGCUAAAUACGGGUGACAUCGUUUCGUUAAAGAUUUAUUUGGUUUAGGAACAUUUUUUACGCGUAAUUUAUAUCUGGUGCUAUGACUAUUAUGAUUAUGUCGCGUUCUCUAAUAAUUUUGUCAUAAUGAGUGACGGUAUGUAGGAAGUAAAUUUGUUGAGUAUUAUAUACUUGUGCAUCGUUAUACAAGUCAUCAGUUGGGUAUAAUUUUGAUUUGCCAAACAUUGAUUUUAAAAUUGUUCUUUGUACCACAUCUAAAUCGUUAAGGUAUGUUGUGCAUGCUAAAGCUUGAUAUAUUAUUCGCUACUAUUUUUUUUAAUUUUUGUUUCUCUCUGAAUUGACAUACGGAAUGUUUCCUGAUUGAAUGUCAAACGGAGGCAGUCUUUGAGCCUUCUUAUGAGGAUGUGUCCUAAACGGCUUAGCCUCUGAGAUACGGGUUCGUAAAGUUUUUAAUAUAGACAGUCAAUGGCACGCUAAUGACCCUUCUCGAAUUAAAAAGAAAUAAUAUCCAUUAAUUCAUGAGUAGAUUUGAUCCCAUGAAUGUGUUUAGUACGACGCGCGGUUUUUCCCUAAAAUAAGAUAUUUCUCUGCAUGAUGAUGUCAUAUUAACUAUGCUUUUAUGAUCAUGCAGAGAAACGGAUUCACGAAAACCGUGCAUCGGAUUCCAAGAAAUUAGGUGUUCAGAUUGGCUAAAAAAUGAUUGGGGAAUUCAAGAAGCAUUUUAAUUCUGAACGAAAUCAGUGGCGUACUAACAGUGUCUGUCAAAAUAGGCAGGUGAAAUUCCGUACGAAGUCCUGUGGUAGAAAUUAAAAAAGCGUAUCUUAACGCACAGUUCAUGCAUGCCAAAUUCAUCAAAUUAUCUAAAGUCGUAUUAAUAGAUAUCUAUUUUAAAUUAUUUAUUUUUUAAUGUUUCACCGUCUUGUAUCUUAAAAGCUAAGACAUUUAGGACAUACGUUCAUAUCAAGUUUUCUUCAUAAAAUGGACCCAGAAAUAUCUCCUUUAAGUAUUGGCGCUCAGUUUGGGAACACCCAGUAUAAGUAUUUGCUGUGGUAAAAAAAUAUUUCAUUUCCAUCUUAUUCAAAAUAUCGGUAGUUUUCCUGAGCCAAUCGUUACUCGUAAGGCCAAUAAAAAAAAUGCCAGACUUAUUCUAAACAAAAAUAUAAAUACUUUUUAGUUAUAGGGAAAAGCCGAGUACAUAAUAAUUUUUUUACCCAUUUGAAGGUUGGUCAACCUGAUUUUUUUUCUCAUUUCACCAUAAAGCUCGUUGGUGACAUGUUAUUUUUCGUGUAGUUUAAGUAAUAUAAGCAAACAUAUUAAUCAUAAUGUUAGUUUUCAGUUAAACGAUUGAUGUAUUAUAUCGGUUUCGUAUGGAGCGUUGUCCUUUGCAGUACUGAUGAAAUCUGCAAUAAAAUGUGUUUUAGGAAUUACAUUAUAAAGCAAAAUGUUUUUGAAUAAUCCCAUUUCUCCAUUUAUUCCGUAAAUAAAGGAGUAUAUUUGUUAUAGGGACCUUCCAUGAUCCACCGGCCUUACAUGGUACUAUAUUUAAAAUAAGCAAGUUGAUAUCUACUCCUGGUACAGUUUUAAGUGAAAUGUUUCGAUCGAACUGAUCAAUCAGUUAUACCGUAACGCCAAAUUUCAAUAAUUGUUUACCGUCAACCGUAAGUAAUCGCUGCAGUUCCACGAAGGUGCAUGGACACCCUUCGUAUAGAAACAAGCGUCCUUAACUUGUCAUAUUAAUCAAUACACAUUUCGCGUUCGAUCUGAAUUAGUACGCUCGCAGCUUAUGCGUCAGCCAAAUGUGAUUUCGAAUUCGUAUAUAACUAAUUUAUUAUACUGCCAGUUCCUCAGUGUCAUGAAUCCUGAACUAUUUAUCAACGCGCAACGCUAUCCAAAUGGUGUUUAAUAUUAUAUUAUGUUGACUUGCUGGAUGUGAAAAUUAAAAUUAAAUUAUUUGAAAAUCAUCGAUUAUCCAUAAGGGUAGCAUUUGUGAUUCAUGCAACAAAGAAUUUAUUGUCAUGUCAUCAGUUUGUCUAUUCAGGGUGGUCUAUCGUUCAAGCACCAAACAGCAAGUAAACUCGUCAGAAGUAUGACGAGAUGCAAGAUUCUGAAAUUUAAUUAUUUCUCUAUAUGUCAUAAUAAUAUCCAUAUGAAUUUUGGAAAUCAAAAUUUCUCGAGGAUGGUAUAUACGGUUAAAUUCUGCUUUUCAAUAAGGUAAGCAAAAAGUGCAAGUAACAAUCCUACAAACUUUCUGUUCCAUGCCACAACCCUCUUGACAAAACUGUUCUAUGUAGAAUGUCUUAUAGAAAUUAUGGUAGAGAUUAUCUUUAAGAGAAAUAGCUAUUAUCCAUUUGUAUUAAACAGCCGGGCCUCGAGAAACUUGAAUUCCAAUAUUCAACCUCACCAUCGAAUAGCUCGUUCUAAGAUCUUUAAAAGUGGGAUACGUUCUAGACGAAAAAUGCAUUGCAUAGUACGCCAAAGCUCCUGGUAUGGUGAGCACUCCCCUGAGUAGCGAGACUAAUGUGUGGUGGGCUAGACAUUUUAAGCUAGCCAUUAGAUUGUGCAAUAUAAUUUUGAAAUGAAAAUACAUAUUUUGAAAAUGAACAAAAUGAAAGCAUUGCAUUUUUGAAUGCAGAGAACGAGAUUGUAUGCUAUUACCAGCGCCAUCUGGAUACUGUACUCAAAAAUAAGAUACAUUUGAUAACAUUAAUAACAAAAAAUGGUAUCCUCGUUAGCGGGGCGUUUUGAUCCAAUACCUUCAUUCUUACGAGCCUAGACCAUGAUUUAGUUUUGACCCAGUUACAACAGACCACCCUCUAUACCGGCUUGCUGAAGUGUACAAUUUUAUAGAUUCUGGCGUCAACGCUAUUGUUAAUAACAUGUUCGUUCGGGCAUUCAAUUUCAUUAUUGUAAAUUGUACAAGUAUAAAACGACAAAUGACCAAUGUCCCUUAUAUGCUAUACAAUACAAUCAAUGGGAAAAUACUGUAUAAAAUUUGCCUUGUAAACAAAAUGUUAUAGAGCUUUAAUUUCAAAUACUGUUGCUGGUAAUGUUAUUUAUCUAUAGGUAAGAUUUCUCCUAUCAUGUACUAGUCAUUGGUAUUAUAUGUCCUCCAUUAUUGA